UUUUUUAUGGCUGCACACCCCUUCGAUAUCUCAACAUAUAUUGUAUAUAUGUACACAGUUGACACAAAAAAUAUUCACUGGAGAAAGAGAGAUUGGUCAAAAAUUGAUCUCACAAAAUGGCAGCUAACAAAUGUAGUCACACACACAUACUCAGUUACUGUUAUUGAUUCUAACCAUGUAUGAGAAAUACAUUGACCUGCCAAAGACAUUAGUAUUAGCUGCUAAAUCCCUUCCUUUUUUCUUAAAUGUGAGAGUAACAGUUGUAUUGAUGAGAAAAAAAACAAAGGAUUAAUGGAUUAAAUGACUAAUACUAGUGAUAGAAGUACUACAGUACUAAAGGGCUCUAGGAUAAUAAGGAUUUAGCUCCAGCACAUGACAAUAACUAAUGUGUGUUGUGGAUUAGUAUACAGAAUAUAGUUCUACUCACUAAGCAGAUCUCUUUUGUCUUUUGUCUCUGCAGAGGUGAGCGAGCUCACACCAAGGCUUUCUGAUGAUCACUCUGCGCCACGUUGCCUUUGGCUUUGCCAUAAUUCUCAGUAUCUUUGUCAUUUUUCUGACAUAUUACAACCUUAAUUUCAAACUCCCUGCUUUGACCUUUUACCAGGAGAGGGUGAACAUCUCCUGCCAAUGUGCUAACACAAGCUGUCCCUCAGACCUCCAGGUCACACCCACUCCCACUGAUGUCAAGAAAAACCAGGUGGACACUAGGCCUGACACCAUCGUGUUGCUCUGGAUGUGGCCCUUUGGCGUCAAACACCCUCUCAGCUGUGAUGAAUUUAACAUCACAGGAUGCCAUGUGACCGUUGACAAGUCGGUUUACCAUCAAGCCCACGGGGUUCUCUUUCACCACAGAGACAUUGGUAACACAGUCAUGCCAACAGAGCUCCGCCCCUGGUUUCAAAAAUGGAUCUGGUUUAACAUGGAGUCACCCGUGUACUCAGGUGUAUUACCAAGUCUUGAUAAUGUAUUCAACUUGACCAUGAGUUAUCGACUUGAUUCGACCAUCUUAAUACCUUACGGUACUCUGGAACUACUGCAAUCCAAAAGAGAGUCUUUAGAACUGCCGGCAAAGAACAAGCUGCUCUGUUGGAUCGUUAGUCACUGGGAACAACGUUUAGAGAGAGUACGGUACUUUCAAGAACUGAAAAAAUAUAUCAACGUAUCACUUUAUGGAAACGCUUUUGGGAACGCCGUGGGAGACGAUGACUACAAGGACAUUGUAUCCAGUUGUAAAUUUUAUCUGGCAUUUGAAAACUCUGUUUGCAAAGACUAUAUUUCGGAGAAAUUAUUUCUCCCUUUGGAAUUAGGGACUGUACCUGUAGUUCUGGGGCCUCCGAGGAAAAACUAUGAACGUGUGGUUCCUCCUGACUCAUUCAUUCACGUGGAUGACUUUUCCUCUCCAAAACAACUGGUAGAGAGGCUGCUUUACCUUGACCAAAAUAAUGAGGAAUACCUGAAAUUGUUAGAAUGGAAGAACUGGUUUAAAGUGAUACAUCAUAAAUUUGGUCAUGAGGCUGCCUGCAAAACCUGUAGAUACCUGCAGAUAAACAGAGGCUACCAGGUUUUUCAUAAUCUUAAUAAGUGGUACUGGGACUAACAAAUUUGCCGCCUCCAUGAGA